GAAUCUCGUUAGAUGAUCCUGAUUUCUUUACUUUGGACCGCGAGUGGACACUGUUAAAUUUUCUGUUAUAUCGACAAAAAUGUUCUGAUUUUUGUGCCGACAAGCAUGAAGAACACAGCCGGUAUACUCGUAGCCUUGCUAGUAUACUCAGUUACGAACAACAAUCCCCGGAAAUGAUUAAACUGGCUAGCGACGCUCUUAAUUUGUUACAAGUUAAGUAUUACUUUUUGGUGUUGCGACUCGGGUGGUUCCGUCCUGCUGAAAUGUGUUCAACCACCCAACAUUCCUGGUUGCGAUCGAGAAUGCUUGAGUUGCGAUUCGGGUGGUUGUUCCUGACGAAAUGUGUUCAACCACCCAACAUUCCUGGUUGCGAUCGGGAAUGCUUGAGUUGCGAUUCGGGUGGAUGUUUACACAUUUUUUCAUUAAUAUCUAUCACUUCUGAUUGUAAUUGGGAGCUUAAGGAAAAAAAGUCAAAAUCGAUUGAUAACUUCUGGAAGACGGCUACGUUAGCGCAAGAGAAGAAAGUGGCAAAUGAAAUCGAACGUUCAGUUUUGUUGGAUGAACUCGCUACAUCCGCUGUACACUCAACCGUUCAACGCGAUAGGCAAGAAAGUUUGGUUCGAGAAAAAGUUACAAGACGAUUAGAGAGUAUAGAUGAUGAUCGCACGUACAAGCGUCACAGGUCACAGUCUCCGAACAUUGAGGUAGUUGAAUGGCCAGCUUUUAAUAUGAAAUUUACUUCUUACCUUUCCCAUCUUCGACGUGUUUAUCAGAAUAAUCAAAAAGAAAAUAGCACGGAAGCGAUUAAUAAUGAACAAAAUUUAGGUGAAAAGCGAGUUGGGGAAGAACUCGUGAAACAGUAUGAUUUGAGAGAACGACAAGAAAUCAACUAUGCCGAAAUUUCAAGCUCAGACAUUGAUCCACAUCAUCUUCAAGCAUUUGACCCUCUGCGAAACAAUCCGGAUUCUUCUGCUAUUUCGUUAAACAGGCCAAUCAUAACGGAAGUAACAUAUAACCUGAUUUCUACACAUAUAAUUUGCGCAUUUAGCUCAACAUUACAUUUAGUCAGAGAAACCGUCGAUGAAAGUUUAUUUGAGAAGAUCGAAAAGCUUCUUAGAAUGAGAAAUAAAUUGAUAUUAGACAAAUCGAUAACCUCGAAAUUGGAGGCAAUUUUUCAAACGGACUAUGCGGAAAUUAGUUCGAAGAUAAUAACCGAAACUGAGGUUGAAAAAAAUAUGAAAGCGAGCGAGGAAUCACGGUUUCUCUUUUUUAUCCGGCACACCCUCCUAGAUUUCAUCGCGAUGUAUGAAUAUAUGUCGCCUAAAGUGUUAGCUCGAGAUAUGUCAGAAAGGUCGUAUAUUGUAGAAUGCCUUUCACCCAUACUUCGAUCUUUUAGGAAUGCAUUUCCUGAAAUUAGAUAUGAGUGGAUUGAAAAGGAUGUCAAAUCCAUAAGGGAUGCUCGCAAUAUGUUCGCAAUUAACAUAAGGACUCGGAAAACUGAUUUGUUAGUUCUGAGACUAUCAGACGCAACUGAAAUUUUACACGUUGAAGUAUCUGGACCACCUUACAAACCGGAAAAGAAACAUACAGUUGGAGACGCAAAAAAAUUACUCAUGAUGGCUGUUUGUAAUUUAUGCAGAAUAUUGGCGAACAAUUUCGAUUGUCCUAUUGAAAUUGCCAAGAAAGUCAGAUCGUAUUGUAUACAGGCAAUUGGGGAUAAAUUGACAUUAUUUGCCGUAUCACUUGUUGACAAGAAAAAAUAUUUGGCCAUCGAAUUGGCUUCAUGCAUAAUUCCCUUUUCGCUUAAAACCAUUGGAUGCUACACAAGAAUCUUUAAUUUUUUCAAGAUCAUAAGGAACGAGUUUAUAGAACAAGAAAAGCUUCUAGAAAAAAUUUGUUCUUUUGUGCCCUCGAUCGAUGAUAAUACCAGUGACCUACGAGAGUGGGUGCAUUUACCGGAUGAUGAUCUAAUACCCGUAAAUGAAGAAGAAAUAGACGAACUUAAUAUUGAAAAGCAAAAUCGAACAGUUACUAAUGAUUUAGCCCUACAAGCCCUGCUUUCGCAGAUAUCUCCGGAAUAUUCCACUCCAUUACCUAACAAGAGUUGCUCAAAUGGUGAAAAUGCGCAGAUUAAAGAUUCUUCAGAACAGGAUCAGGACCUAUCUUUAGUUAAUCAGGAUGCUUCAACGGGAUCUAAAAAGACAAUAACAUCCUUAUCAUUAUACAAUCAAAUCGUAGAAGGUUUAAUACAAGAGAUGACCUAUGAUCAAGCAGAAAAUAUUGUUUCUUCCGAAAUCAAUCAUUUAUAUUCAAAUAAUGAUGAGGAUAUGGCUCCGGGUUCUCGAAUAUCCCCAAAAGCUGAAAUAUCGGCAAAGUCUUCAUCAGAAGCUCAA